UUCGGACACGUUAUUCCUACGUUUGGGGAAGACAUGUUAAAAGAUAUUGAUGGAUCCCAUAGACAUAAUAAGAGUGAACAUCCAGGCAAAUGUGCUGCACUACGUCUCGUAUUCGGAUGUGGUCCAUCUGAUGUUCAAGCAGAAGAGGAUUGCGGGCUUCUACUACGGCAUUCGUGGUGCACUGCUGCGGUGUACGGUUCAGACCGGGACAAAGUAUGCAUUGUACUGGCUGAAGGACAACGAGUACUUGCUGAUACUGGAGCCAUACGACACCUCCACAGUGGCGGGCAUAAGCGGAUUAGGCGGCGGCCUGCUCUCAACGCCAUUUGCCAAGGUGGCAAUAGUGCGGCAGGCCGAUCUAACCCGCCGUCCCUUCUUGCAGCGCAAUUAUAGAGACCCCUGGAAGGCUCUCAAGUGCAUGUAUGGUAAGAGUGGAAUGUCCUUCCUCUUCAGUGGAUGCGAGCUGCAUGCUUUCACCACCGGAGCGGUGGCAGCGCUCUACGCACCUGUACACGAUUGGGUGUCGGAUAUGCUUUUGAAACUCCACAGAAUUCGUGAUGAGGAUUGGGUCAUCGAUCUGAUGGCAAUGACGAUAACGAGCAGCAUCAUAUCAUUAAUCCUGACGCCAGUAGAAGCGGUAAAAACGGUGGUCAUGAAUUCUUGCUUCAAGAAGUUCCCCUCGAAGACGCAUCUCUGCCUCAAAAUCAUUCAGUUGCACGGCUACAGAGGAUUCUUUCUGGGUCUGCGGCCGGCUCUGAUUGCGAUACUGCCACAUGCGAUCAUAGCAACACUCACUUAUCCAUUAAUUGCCGAUUAUUUCAUCAGUUAAAUUUUCGUU